CUUUCCGCGUCUCCUCGUACUGGCGUUUCAAGCCCGCAUGCCACAUUUGCUGGUUAUCUACCCAAAAGGACUAGAUUUGGGGCGACUUUAGCGUUAUGACAGGGGACCAUAAUGCUUUAGGCCUCUGUAGAUCUCCAGCAUUGGCAGAUUGUCCAGAUGAUAAUUUGGGUCUACCAAUGGAGCCCCAAUGUGGCAGUGGCACCCCCAGCCACCACACCCUCCGCCCAUCCCAUGCGAACAGUGAAAGCUGGCAGAAGCAUCGAGCGGGACUGGCCGGAAGGUCGAGCCUGUGUUUCGCUUCCCAUUCUAUCCUGGAACCCCAGAGUCUUUCAAGCAGCCAUGACACCCUCUACCCCCCACAAGUGCUGGGCCAGGCACCGCUUCCACACCAAAACAGAAGCGGCCUCACCCUGGAUGUGAUGUCGUCAUUUGAUGUUGGAGGGAGCAUGCUGGCAAUGGAUGGAGAUUUGCCCAUUAGCCCCAAUGUGAUUAAGAGACGCCGUGGGGGCCUAAUUGAGCAGAAGGACAUUGUGAAGGCCCAUCAGGCCCAUAAGAUCCACAGCACACCGCAGGCACGACGCAAGGAGUGGGAAAUGGCCCGCUUCGGAGACGAUGUUCCGGGCUUGUUUGGCGCAGGAGAUGGCAGCUCGGAGCGCAACAGGAGCCGCGAUGGAGCGGCCGUGUCUACAGGUGGCGUGUCCCCUGCAGCCUUCAAGCAGACCAAAGCGCAGCGUGCCCGCACCAUGGCCUUGUACAACCCCAUCCCGGUCCGGGAGAACUGCUUCACCGUCAACAGGUCUCUUUUCAUCUUGGGGGAGGACAACGUGGUGCGCAAGUACGCCAAGAAAAUCACUGAGUGGCCUCCUUUUGAGUACAUGAUCCUGGCCACCAUCAUCGCCAACUGUAUCGUUCUUGCUCUGGAACAGCAUCUACCAGGAGAGGACAAAACGCCCAUGUCAAAGAGAUUGGAGAAAACUGAGCCCUACUUCAUCGGGAUGUUCUGUUUGGAGGCGGGAAUAAAGAUCAUCGCCCUCGGAUUUGUAUUUCAUAAAGGAUCCUACCUCAGAAAUGGGUGGAACGUCAUGGAUUUCAUUGUGGUCCUCAGUGGAAUUCUGGCUGCAGCCGGCGCUCAUAUGAACAUCUCAGUGGACCUGAGGACUCUAAGGGCGGUGCGAGUGCUGCGACCCCUCAAACUGGUCUCGGGCAUCCCCAGUCUACAGAUAGUCCUGAAGUCUAUAAUGAAGGCCAUGGUUCCACUGCUGCAGAUUGGCCUACUGCUAUUUUUUGCAAUCCUCAUGUUUGCCAUCAUCGGUUUGGAGUUUUACAGCGGCAAACUGCACAACACCUGCAAGCCACAGACUGGAAUACUACAAAACGAGACGGUGGACCCCACGGAGCUUGAGUUCCCGUGUGGCAUUCGUCAGUGUCCGUCCAAAUACACCUGCAGCGACACUUGGAUCGGUCCGAAUGAUGGCAUCACUCAGUUUGACAACAUCCUGUUUGCUGUUCUCACCGUCUUCCAGUGCAUCACUAUGGAGGGAUGGACCACUGUGCUCUACAAUACCGAUGAUGCCUUGGGUCCCAGUUGGAACUGGCUCUACUUCAUCCCGCUCAUCAUCAUCGGGUCCUUCUUUGUCCUGAACCUGGUGCUGGGAGUCCUCUCUGGGGAGUUUGCCAAAGAGAGGGAGAGGGUAGAAAACCGCAGGGCCUUCAUGAAAUUGAGGCGCCAGCAGCAGAUUGAGCGAGAACUCAACGGUUACCGGGCGUGGAUCGACAGGGCAGAGGAGGUCAUGCUCGCUGAGGAGAAUAAGAACCCCGGACCCUCAGCUCUUGAUGCUCUCAGAAGGCUCCCUGAGUGGAGUACAGGCGGUGCCUAUGUGCUGAAGAGAGCCACCACCAUAAAGAGGAGAGGCAUGGAUACGACCCAUCACGGGCCACCGGGGGAGGAACAAUAUAGUGACAUUUCCUCAGUGGGCCUCCCCAUUGCGAGAGGGAGCAUCAGAAGCACCCGGCGAGGUCCUGCCGCUUAUUUCCGUCGCAAGGAGCGGCUGCUGCGCAUCUCUAUCCGCCGCGUGGUGAAGACCCACACCUUCUACUGGACAGUGCUGGGCUUGGUGGCUCUCAACACAUUGUGUGUGUCCAUUGUUCAUCACAAUCAGCCCCUCUGGCUUUCCAACUUCCUGUACUAUGCAGAGUUCUUGUUCCUCGCUCUGUUCUUGACAGAGAUGUUUCUGAAGAUGUACAGCCUUGGUCCACGCCUGUACUUCCACUCCUCUUUCAACUGCUUCGACUGCAGCGUGAUUGUUGGCAGCAUCUUUGAAGUGCUGUGGGGGUUCUUCAGGCCAGGUACUUCUUUUGGCAUUAGUGUCCUGCGUGCUCUUCGUCUGCUGAGGAUCUUCAAGAUCACCAAGUAUUGGGCGUCUCUGAGAAACCUGGUUGUGUCGCUGAUGAAUUCCAUGAAGUCCAUCAUCUCCCUCAUCUUCCUCCUCUUCCUCUUCAUUGUUGUCUUUGCUCUCCUGGGUAUGCAGCUCUUUGGUGGCAGGUUCAUCUUUAAGGACUACACACCGACAAACUUUGACACCUUUCCUGCGGCCAUCAUGACCGUCUUUCAGAUCCUGACUGGGGAGGACUGGAAUGAGGUGAUGUACAAUGGCAUUCGUUCUCAAGGAGGAGUCAAGACUGGCAUGUGGUCUUCUAUAUAUUUCAUAGUCCUCACCUUGUUUGGAAACUACACUCUGCUUAAUGUCUUCUUGGCCAUCGCUGUAGAUAACCUUGCUAAUGCACAGGAGCUCACUAAGGACGAAGAGGAAGCAGAGGCCGCCUUCAACCAGAAGCAUGCUCUCCAGAAAGCCAAAGAGGUCGGCCCGUUGUCCUCCUUCAUGUCCUCAGAAGGAAGCCGUAGGAGGCGGCCCUAUCUGUACAGGAAAAGAGCCAUUCACCGCAGCCGUCCCACCUACUCCUGCUCCCUGGAAGAGGCGCAGGGCAGCAUCAGGGAGGGCCGCCCUCUCCCACCACUCAACCCGUCUAACUCUUUCAUGUCCAGGAGAGAGAGGAGAAAGCGAAUGACCAUGUCUGUGUGGGAGCAGAGGACCAGCCAGCUGAGGAGACACCGCCAGAUGUCCAGCAGAGAGAUUUUGUUCGGCAACCCUGGCGAAGAGAAAGAGGGACCUCCCGCGUCGGGCCAGCCUGGGCCACUAUCACUGCACUGCAGAGUUGUGCAGAACACGCCACCAGGGGGGGUGAAGCAAUCCUCACCGUCCAAAAAGCAGGCCUCGGGAACUUCCAUGGAGAUGUCUUUUGAAGCCGUUCUAUCUGGUGAUAUCUGUGAUUCCCCCACGUUAGCACCGGACCACUUGACCAUUACACCUGAUGAUCCUCCUGAGUCCAUACCAGAUCCUCCCGAGUCAGAACCUGUCUCAGGGGAUGGGACACUGGAUGUUGACGAAAAUCACAGCAAGAUGAGUGAGCGAAGGAGUCCCAGGUUGAAUGGUGAUCGUCAGCACCGGGCUGUGAAGAAGUUUAGACCACGAGAUGGCGAUGACACCAUCACACCUCAGACGGGAGGUCACAUUGGGAUUAGAGGCAGGAAGGCACUACGGAGCAGUCAAAACAGGGGGGACAGGAGUCAAGAAUCAUCUCCCAUGAAAGGAAACCAAGAGUUGACGAGUCGUUCGGUCAGCAAAGAGAGCAGUAGAGACUCUGGGAGAGUCGAGGAGCGUUACAAGAGAGAAGAGUCGAAGCCUGAGGAGAACAGAAAAGGUGACCAAAGUGAGGAAGUGGAUGCUGAGCCUCCAAACAACCAUACUGGUGUCCAAAAGCAUGCAGAUUCUCCUCAGGAAGAAGAACCAUGUCCUAUUGUUGUACCUGAGGGUAACCAAGAAGACCUGGAUAAAUCUCAGCUCAGCUCCAGUGUGAUUGUUGAGAUGCCUGACAUGGAGGCGUCCAUGGAGCUCUCCACCAUCACAGUUAAUAGCAAGGAACCUGAAGCCUCCAAGUGUGAAAAGGACGAGCCGGGAGAUACUAAACCAGUCAACACUGUAACGCCUGACAGCAUGUUCAUCUUCAAACCAGACAACCCGGUGCGACGAGCAUGUCACUACGUGGUGAACCUCAGGUACUUUGAAAUGUCCAUCCUGCUGGUCAUAGCUGCAAGUAGCAUCGCCCUUGCCGCAGAGGACCCUGUAUCAGCCACCUCUGACUGGAACAAGGUUCUGCGUUACUUUGACUAUGUGUUCACUGGCGUCUUCACGUUUGAAAUGAUUAUUAAGAUGAUCGACCAGGGGCUGAUCCUCCACGACGGCUCAUAUUUCCGAGACUUGUGGAACAUCCUGGACUUCAUCGUGGUGGUCGGUGCUCUUGUGGCUUUCGCCCUCACCAAUGUGAUGGGAAAUAACAAAGGACGGGACAUUAAAACCAUCAAGUCCCUGAGAGUAUUACGUGUCCUCAGGCCCUUGAAGACCAUCAAGAGGCUUCCAAAACUCAAGGCUGUAUUCGACUGCGUGGUGACAUCACUGAAAAAUGUCUUCAACAUCCUGAUUGUUUACAAGCUGUUCAUGUUCAUUUUCGCUGUCAUCGCUGUGCAGCUCUUCAAGGGGAAGUUCUUUUACUGCAACGACAGCUCCAAGGACACGGAGAAGGACUGCCAGGGUUACUAUAUCGACUAUGGGAAAGACAAAAAAGAGGUGAAGAAACGAGAAUGGAAGAGACACGAAUUCCACUACGACAACGUGAUCUGGGCUCUGUUGACUCUCUUCACAGUGUCAACAGGAGAAGGCUGGCCUCAAGUCCUGCAGCACUCGGUCGACGUGACCGAGGAAGACAGAGGGCCCAGUCACGGCAACAGGAUGGAGAUGUCCAUCUUCUAUGUCAUCUACUUUGUCGUCUUUCCUUUCUUCUUUGUCAACAUCUUUGUGGCCCUCAUCAUUAUCACCUUUCAGGAACAGGGGGAUAAGAUGAUGGAGGAGUGCAGCCUGGAGAAGAAUGAGAGGGCGUGCAUCGACUUUGCCAUCAGCGCUAAACCACUGACCCGUUACAUGCCCCAGAACCGCCAUACCUUCCAGUACCGUCUGUGGCAUUUUGUGGUCUCGCCUUCUUUUGAGUACACCGUCCUGGCUAUGAUCGCUCUCAACACCAUCGUGUUGAUGAUGAAGUAUUACUCAGCCCCGCCUGCCUAUGAAGCUGUACUCAAGCACCUGAACACAGCAUUCACUGUUCUCUUCUCUGUUGAAUGUGUCCUCAAGAUAAUGGCCUUUGGCUUUCUGAAUUACUUUCGAGACACAUGGAACAUUUUUGACUUCAUCACCGUCCUCGGCAGUAUUACUGAGAUCAUAGUGGACUUGCAGUUUGUAGACACAUUCAACAUGAGUUUCCUGAAGCUGUUCAGAGCAGCACGUUUGAUCAAACUGCUGAGACAGGGCUACACCAUUCGGAUCCUUCUGUGGACCUUUGUGCAGUCCUUCAAGGCUUUACCUUACGUUUGCUUGCUCAUCGCAAUGCUCUUCUUUAUCUACGCCAUCAUCGGCAUGCAGGUGUUUGGGAACAUCAAACUGAGUGAGGAGACACACAUAAACCAACACAACAACUUCAAGACCUUCUCUGGUGCUCUGAUGCUGCUCUUCAGGAGUGCCACAGGGGAGUCCUGGCAGGAGAUCAUGCUUUCCUGUCUUGGGGGGCAGCAUUGUGAGGCAGACCCCUCCAACCCCUCGCGUCUGCUGAGCACUGAGCAGGAGGGAGGCUGCGGCUCGGACUUUGCUUAUUUCUACUUUGUGUCCUUCAUCUUUUUCAGCUCCUUCCUGAUGCUGAACUUGUUUGUGGCCGUUAUCAUGGAUAACUUUGAGUAUCUGACUCGAGACUCAUCCAUCCUGGGACCCCAUCACUUGGAUGAGUUUGUCCGGAUCUGGGGGGAGUAUGAUCGAGCUGCCUGUGGUCGCAUCCAUUACACUGACAUGUAUGAGAUGUUGACCAACAUGUCGCCACCACUUGGCCUGGGCAAGAAAUGCCCCUCCAAGGUGGCUUAUAAGAGACUAGUCCUGAUGAACAUGCCUGUGGACGAGGACAUGUCAGUCCACUUCACUUCCACUCUCAUGGCCCUCAUCCGUACUGCCCUGGAGAUCAAGAUAGCUGGAGGAGGGGAGGAUCGUAAUCAGAUGGACUUGGACCUUCAGAAGGAAAUUAGUGUCAUCUGGCCUCACCUCUCUCAGAAGAUGCUGGACCUGCUGGUUCCUAUUAACAAAGCUAGUGACAUGACCAUAGGUAAGAUCUACGCAGCCAUGAUGAUCAUGGACUACUACAAGCAGAGCAAGGCAAAGAAGCUUCGACAGCAGCUGGAGGAACAAAAACAUGCUCCCAUGUUCCAGCGUAUGGAUGCCUCCUCUUUGCCUCAGGAGAUCAUCUGCAAUGCCAAAUCACUGUCCUUCCUCAGGCACAGUGCAGGAUCAGCUCUCACCAGAGGAGGCUUUGUGGCCCUCAGCCCCAUUUCACCCCAGGAGAUGUUCCUGCAGCAGCGGCCUUGCUCCGGGGAGGAAGAGGAGGAGAAUGAUGAUUACUAUUCACCCUAUCACCCUUAUCACUUCCCUCAUCAUCAUCACCACCACCAUUUACACACGCUGGUACCUGACGUAGUGGAGUAUAACCAAGUGAAGCAGCGCCAAGCACCGGACCCAACACUUGUCAAGUCACCUCAGCGCACAUCCUCCAUCAGAGCAUCCUCCAUGCCCAGACUUGCUAUGGAACCACAGCCUGGAAUGUCAGUGGACAGGAAGCUCAUGAAGCGCUCCUUUUCCACCAUUGGAGACCAGUGUGUGAACCGCCACUGGCAAGAACAGCAUUCCCUGGAAAGAGUCAGCCCAGACAGCACGUACAGGCUCCGUCAGAAGAGCUACAGAGGCCCAAGAAUCAAUCCAAGCAGUCACGAGAGAGGACGUUCCAAAGAACGUCGCCACCUGCUUUCGCCAGAUGUGUCCCGAUGUAACUCUGAGGAGCGCAGCCGAGACCCGUCAUGCGAAAGGAGACGCUCUCUCUCACCUAAAGAAGGACGUACUCGCUCUUUACAGAGACAGGUCAACAUCUCAGGCAGUCCUGUCCAUCCAGCCUCAGAGUCCGGUACCCCACGUAACCGGCGCCAGCUUCCACAGACCCCUUCCCGCCCCCGUCCUCACAUCUCCUACUCCCCCUUGGUGAGCCGGGAUCAACCCUCCAGCACACCUGCACCUGCCUCUGCAGGAAACAGCCCACAUCGGAGCCCCCACGACCCUUCCAAGGAAUCCAUCUCAUCUGGUCCCAGCCACCCGUCCCCCCAUCGUUACAUAUCUGAGCCCUACCUCCCGUUUCAUGAGGACCUCAGGGGCAGCCAAGCAGGCGAGAAGCAGCAGGAGACCCUGACUUUCGAGACUGCCGUGGCUACCAGUCUGGGACGGGCCAACGCUAUUAGCUCCGCCCCUCAGCUGAGACACUCUUGGCAGGUCCCGAAUGGGCAUUUUCGGAAGAACUUAGCGCAGGCUUGUCCGGCCAGCACCGGUGAGUUGGUGAGUGACACAGACGAGGAUGACCGAUGCUAGAACUGGAACAAGAAGCUGGGAGGCUCUGACUAGCUAAUGUCAGUAGCAUCACAGGCAGAACUAAACACCACUGCCAUUUAUCAGCAUUGUUUGUCUCUACUUUGUCCUUGUGUGUUCUUGCUGUGCCUGAGUGACACAAUGUGUGUGUCCUCACUGGAGAAAAGCCUGUAUGCUACAUCACUCACACAAGCCUUCCUUCAGCUUAGUCGUGUAUUUGAACAGAAUAUGUUGUGUGGGUUCAAGUAUUGGGUCAGACUUUCAUCAAGAGUCUGGAGUGUCUUUGUGAAGGUCAUUUUAUGAUGUCAAGGGUCAUGUAUGGUAAAUGAGAGGACCUGGCUCACAGGUGUUUGAUAGCAUCAAGCUCUUCCACACCAAAUUCAGCCAAGGAUGCCUUUAUGGACUUCCCACAAACUGUCACUGGUAAAGUCAGUAAUUCAUUAGUUACCAUAUUGACCAGAAUAUACUGCAAGAGAUAUUUUUUUUUUCUGAAAAAGACGGGUCAUUGCCUCCCAAAUGCUAAGACUGCAGUGGCAUCAGAUCCAUAUCGAAUUUAUAUCCCCAUACGAAAAAGGCCUGGGUCACAUUUGAACAAAUAGUACUGUUCACACUGGAAUCACAUAGCACUAUAUUCAAGGUCUGGAUAUUAUUUGUAUUAAACCAAACGAGCCAGAGCUUUUCUUCCUGUCACUCCAAAAAUUGUAUCAAAGAUUGUUGGUAAUUUGUCAAACAGAAGCGAAAUAAUAAUAAUUAUUUUUUUAAUUAAGAUAGAUUAAUUUUGUCUUAAAAAGUAUUUUUCCCCCAAAACAGGUCUUGAAAAAUCAUCUUUUUUUGUCUUGAAAAAUAUUUUUUCCAAAAACAGGUUCAUGUUAGAUUCAGCCUCGUCUUAUAUUCAGGUCAAUACGGUAAUUUUAUGUCUUAAAUAUUUUCCCAUAAAUGUUCUUCAAAAAGCGGUGUCAUUUUAUAUUCAGGGUUGUGUUGUAUUUGGGUCAAUACAGUGAUUGAGUGGUUUAAGAAAAUCCCAAUAUUUUGUCAGCAAAAUGUAGCCGGUGAUCAUCUAAAUUGCAUUUGUGGAUGUAAACAUAGAGGUAGCAUGUAAAAAUGUAUCAUGCAGAAUGUCAUUUUAUUAGCAUCUGAUGUUCAGGGAAUUUGGGAAGGUUUGCUGUUGGUCUUUUGCGGACUCAUUUUGGACCACAUUUGCCAGAAUACAACUGGCGAGUAGCCAUGGCAAACUUCCUGUUUACACAAAGUAGAAAAUGUGCAUUAUAUGUAGGCAGUAAUGAAUGAAUCGUUGUGACAGGUGUGUAGUAUGUUUGCUCUGUGAUGUGAUUAGAUAUUGGGAAUUCUUUCUUACAAAAUCUAAACUCUUAAGAAUGUUUAAAAGGUCCGCAUUAGCCGCUGCUCUAAUGGUAGAAAAACAACCUUUUUCACUCGAAACAUUCCUAUUCUGGAAGCCAUUUUCUUCCUGUACAUAGAGCCCAAGGAUGUGUUCUUCCUUAAGGAUGUGCUGCCUUCUUCCACCACAUGACGACCAUAAAGAUGUGCUUUUUAGAGGAAUCAGAAUGUAUCGUUCUGUCUUAAACUGCUGCAUCACUGGCUCAUGUAAACAUUGCAGUAUUUUCACUUCCACACACAGUGAAGAUUCGGUGUGCAUUCAUGAUGGUAAACAUAUCUGUUUCCAACCCAGCAACCGUAUCUCCUCCACAGUUGUGUAUUUACUGUUAUUCAAUUUGCUGUUGGUGCCGCUGUAACUUGACUAAAAUGUGAACAUGCUUAAGAAAGGAUGCUGCAGUCCCACAUUGAAUGUCCUGAACUGAAAAUAAUUGUACAUUUAUAUCACACACAGGUUAGGUUCAUUUUAACCUUGGGGCCAUGUACACAUCAACAUGGGUAUUUUUAGAAAUGCAUCUUGUUCGUUUGUCCUUUUGUUGCCUUUUGCUUCAUUCCUUAUUUACCAACUUGAACCCAAUCUUACAAACUCUUCAUUAUUUGCACAUCUGCUGAUGUCAGCAUGAGCUGGACUUCCUUAUAUAGGCUGCAGAUUGCCUGCACUCCGUAAACGCGCACCUACAUAUCCGGACAUCCUCGGGAGCGCUUGGGAGUUUGACCAAUCACAGGGCAAUGGGCGUAGAUAGAGAGUCGGCGGUGGAGUAAAUUAAACAGGCCGUUUGCGUCGGAAGCAGGAAGUUCAUGGAAACACUGCAGAAUGAGGUGCAAAAACUGGAAGAUCUGGAAAGCUUUCUGUAUGGGUUUUUGUGUGUAACUUCUCUAUAGAGCAGCAACUCGAUACAAAGUGCAGAAUAUGAGCAUGAUAGGUCCCUUUUAACAAGGUCCUCGUUGUUUUGGCAUUCUUUUGACAGCCUAUAAAAGCAGGGUUUGUUGAUUAUUUUCUUGAAAUGUUUUUUUUUUCAUAUUUUUUUUUCUCAGUUUAUAAUUUCUUUGUGCCCUUUUCCAAAAUAUCUUCUCAUUGGAUGAAGUAGGAGUCAUAGUGCCACCUUAAAUGGCCUAAUAAUUAUAGGUUGUAGUGCCACAUGUUACUUUGGCGUGCCAUUAAUACUCUUGUGGACAAAUAUUGUUUGGCAGUUUAAUUCUUUGGCUGCACGGUAGUAGAGUUGUUAGCGUGGGCCACAGCUAGGGUUCAAUUCCCCCUCGGGAAUCUCCGUGUGGAGUUUGCAUGUUCUCCCCGUGCAUGCGUGGCUUUUCUCCGAGUACUCCAGUUUCCUCCCACAUUCCAAAAACAUGCUAGGUUAAUUGGCGACUCCAAAUUAUCCAUAGGUAUGAAUGUGAGUGUGAAUGGUUGUUUGUCUAUAUGUGCCCUGUGAUUGGCUGGCGACCAGUCCAGGGUGUACCCUGCUUCUCGCCCAGUGACACUCUUGGGGCUAAGCGGUAGAAAAUGAAUGAGUUUAUUUUUCCUUAAUUUUUCAAUUUUUCCAGAAAUUAUUUACUUCUAAUUGGCUCUGAUGGCCUCAUAUUUAGAGGUUGUAGUGCCACCUGUUGUAUUGGCAUUGUGUUUAUGUUGACAUGUGUUAUUGUAUUUUUACAUAUUUUUGGUGGCAAACAGCUAUGGAAAAAUACCUGCGUAUGUGUGCACAUCGCCUUAAUAUACGUGUGUACAUAACAGCCUCAUCUGUGCCUGGGAGCAUUCGCCCUAAGUGUUCCCUCUCAAGCCAGGAUUUUCCUACAUAUUCAGAAAGGUUUUCUCGUGAAUAUGUUGUAUAAAGUGUAUAAAAUAAAUCCAUGCACUGUCUGAUUGGAAAAACUGAAAAAAAUGUGUUUACAUGAGCAUU